UCUCGCUCAGUAUUGAAAAUUCGUACGACGCAAGUGAUCCGCAACUAUCAAACGACGUGAUCUCACUGUAAAUUCGAAGUGAAUGAGUGAGUGAAUUGCAAUUGCAGAGAUUACUAAUAACAUCGAAUGGGAUAAACGUGAAGGACCACGUCGUUUCGCAUCUGCUCAGGUCGAGAGAAAGUCGCGGAGCGUUCGAUUCGCACCACCGAUGGCAGAUCACGAUAACGUUUACGACGACGAGGAGCUAGUUUCAGCCAACCCAAAUCAAAGGAAUUGGCGUGGGAUUUUAAUAGCGUUAUUGGUGAUCGUCGCGGUCUUAGCCCUUAUUGUUACAUCUGUCGCUUUGCUUACACCUCCCGAUGACGGCCCCAGAGUACGAGGGACGCGGUUACGUCUCUCUGAGGUGCUUUCCGGAGAAUUGUCUCCUUUAUUAUUUAAUGGCUCUUGGGCGAGUAAUCGCCAUAUAUGCUACCGAGAUAUUUGGGGCGGCAUUUCUUUGUUGAAUGUUUCGGAUCCAAACAUCGUAUCGCGCAGUUUAAUGCCAAAUGAAACAUUAAGACGACUGAAUCCAGUAAAAUUUUCUUUAUCACCGGAUCGUCAAUAUUUACUUCUUGCUCAAAACGUGAAGAAACUGUUUCGUUAUUCGUAUCUAGCACAGUACGUCAUUUAUGACAUCAAGACACGAGAGUGCAUAGCAUUAACUCCUCAUCCUGAAAAAGAUGUUCACCCAUAUCUUCUACUAGCGCAAUGGACUCCACUCAAUGGACACGGACUUGUCAUGGUACAAGACUACGAUAUUUAUUAUAGAACAAGUCCCAUGAGCAAUACCGGAUAUCGAGUAACAAGCACUGCGGUACCUGGUAUAUUGUCCAACGGCGUACCAGAUUGGCUAUAUGAAGAAGAGAUAUUGCAUAGCGGAGAGGCAAUCUGGAUGUCGCCAGAUGGUCAUAUGAUGCUUUAUGCUUCAUUCAAUGAUUCUCUAGUAGAAGAAAUGCACAUUUCAUGGUUUGGAGAGGGAAAUAAGGCCCUAUAUCCUGACAUACGAUCAUUACGGUAUCCUAAGCCUGGAACGCCAAACCCUUCGGUACGAUUAUAUGUUGCUGAUUUAGUUGACCCAAAAAAUAUUCGUACAAAAGUAGUGAAACCACCGUCUAUCAUCGAGCAUAUGGAUCAUUACUUCACAACUGCUUCUUGGGUAUCUCUGACAGAAGUCUGUAUAACGUGGUUGACGCGCGCCCAGAAUCUUUCAUUGGUGACUAUCUGUAAGAGUCCAAUGUGGCACUGUCAGGAAAUACAAAAGAUAACGAGCGAGGGUCACGGAUGGGUGGAUACUCCUCCGGAAGCUCCUCUCUUUUCAGCAAAUGGUAGCAGUUACGUUGCGAUAAGUCCUGUAAAAGAUGGACCGGCGGGAUAUUACAAGCAUAUAAUCUGGAAUAAUCUGCUCCGAAGAAAAGUAGUGCCUUUGACUCAUGGGAAAUUUGAAGUUGUCAAGAUUUUAGUAUGGGACCAAAUAAAUAAUACUAUAUAUUUUAUCGGUAUUCCAUCUAUGAGACCGGGCCAGAGACAUCUCUAUCGUGUGAGUUCCAUUGUUCCUCGUUCAGGAUCGCCUUUGCAUCCUGCUAUAUGUCUCACGUGCACCGUCUCAUCCGAUAUGACUAACGAUGAAAGCGAACAUCGGACUAGUUCUUCGAAUGCUCGUCAGAAUCCAAACGAAUGGCAUCAGGAUCACUAUGAGAGUCAAACCGAUAAUAUCGACAAUAAGGAAAAUCGUCAAGCAAAAGAUACUUCCAAAAGGAACAAAUCAAAAAACAAGAAUAUUUUAAAGAAUGGCGAUCCACCGUGUCAGUAUCACAACGCAAUCUUCCCAUCCAAAGGCCUCGAUUAUUUCGUUCUCGAGUGUCUUGGACCUGGUAUACCCACGGUAGCUCUCUACAAAACGGAGAUGCCUAUGCCGCGACUCAUCAUGAUAUUACAAAACAAUACAUUGUUACGCGAAAGAGUGGCGAGCAUUGCACUUCCGCAGGUAAAAACAUUUCCUGUACAAAUAAGCGGUGGUUACAACGCUCAGGUGAGAUUGCACUUACCACCUGGGCUUCGAGAAGAUGAAAUUACGCGCUAUCCGUUGGUUGUUCAAGUAUACGGUGCUCCUGGAUCGCAACUAGUCACUGAAAUGUUUAAAGUGGAUUGGAACACGUAUUUAGCUAGUCGGAAAAAUGUGAUUGUCGCACAGAUCGAUGGCAGGGGAAGCGGAGGACAGGGCUAUAAAUUGCUUCAUGAAGUUUAUUAUCGACUAGGUUCCGUAGAAGUGGCUGAUCAACUCGAAGUCACGGAAUACUUACGAGACUCGUUACACUUUGUGGAUAAACGAAGAGUCGCUGUUUGGGGAUGGAGUUACGGCGGUUUUGUUGCUGCUCUCGUCCUGGCUCAUCCAAAGCAAAAUGUAUUUCAGUGCGGAAUAAGCGUCGCGCCUGUCGUCUCCUGGGAACUUUACGAUUCCGCGUACGCCGAGAGAUACAUGGGAUUACCGAAUGUAACGUCCAACUACAAAGGCUAUGCCGAAUCCAACGUUUACGACAAAGUUGAAUAUCUACACGAUAAGAUGUUUUAUUUGGUACAUGGAACUGCAGAUGACAACGUCCAAUUCCAACAGUCCAUGGCGCUUGCCCGUCAUCUCGCUAAAAAAGGCAUACUUUUUCGACAGCAGGUCUAUCCGGAUGUAAGUCAUACUUUAGCGGGUGUUAAAGGGCAUUUGUAUCUUUCGAUGGAGCAGUUCUUGGAGGAUUGCUUUCAAAAACAAGUACCUGUUGACACAAAAGCCGGACUCGGCAGUGGCGGUUCCGGUGGCGUGUAUUAAUAUUAAGAGAUAUAGAUAAAUAUUGCGUACAGGAAAAAAUAUCCACACGAAUUGCAUAAAGUUGCGUAAAGAAAAAAAAGGAAAGAGAAAAAAAGAAAAAAUUGUGAAAAUCUAAACAUCUCCAAAUUGUGUUCCGUUUAAUAGAAUAUAUACAGAGGAUAUGCGUGUGGCCCAUCUUUUUGUACUCCAACAUUCGAAAUUAUGGAAUGAAAUGAGAAGUAUGUAUCAUCCAGUGCGCGACUUAUAAUGCGUUUACACCAGUUAAAAAAGAAGCACGCAUCAAUCAUCCUAUCAAAUAAAUCGUCUGUGAAAAAGA